GNCUUUUUGAAAUGGGUUAUAUUAUGGAAGUGACUAUGGAGACCAGUGUGGCUGAAAUUCAGGAAUAUGAAUUUGCCUCCAAACUUCUGGGAUUGAUAGCACAUACUACCAUGCUUGGCAAUAUUUAUUUUGAACAUGAUUGUAAGGAUUUAGUCACCUAUGAUGAUGUGCAUGUGAACUUCACUCAAGAAGAAUGGGCUUUGCUGGAUCCUUCUCAGAAGAAUCUCUACAAAGAUGUGAUGCUAGAGACCUAUAGGAAUCUCUCAGCUAUAGGAUACAUUUGGGAAGUACAUACAAGUGAAGAUCAUUUCCAAACUUCUAGAAGUCAUGGAAGGCAUGAAAGAAGUUGUACUGCAGUGCAACCCUCUGAGUUUAUUCAAUGUGGUAAAGCCUUUGCAUAUCAGAGUCUUAGACAAAGGCAUGAAAGAACACAUACAGGAGAGAAACCCUAUGAUUGUAAACAGUGUGGUAAAGCUUUUAUAAGAAGGGGAGACCUCCAAAUACAUAAGCGAACACAUACAGGAGAGAAACCCUAUGAAUGUAACCAAUGUGGUAAAGCUUUUAUAAGAAGUGCGGACCUCCAAAUACAUAAGCGAACGCAUACAGGAGAGAAGCCCUAUGAAUGUAACCAAUGUGGUAAAGCUUUUAUAAGACGUGGGGACCUCCAAAUACAUAAGAGAACACAUACAGGAGAGAAGCCCUAUGAAUGUAACCAAUGUGGUAAAGCUUUUAUAAGAAGUGCGGACCUCCAAAUACAUAAGCGAACACAUACAGGAGAGAAACCCUAUGAAUGUAAACAAUGUGGUAAAGCUUUUAUAAGAAGUGGUGACCUCCAAAUACAUAAGCGAACACAUACAGGAGAGAAACCCUAUGAAUGUAACCAAUGUGGUAAAACUUUUAUAAAAAGUGAUCACCUCCGAAUACAUAAGCGAACACAUACAGGAGAGAAACCCUAUGAAUGUAACCAAUGUGGUAAAGCUUUUAUACAUAAUGGUAAUCUCAGAAGACAUGAAAGAACACAUACAGGAGAGAAACUCUAUGAAGGCAUCUAA